GCCAGUUUUUCGAUCAUGGCCGAAGGGUCCGAAGGCUGAUUCUAUCAUGGAUGGAUUCGAUGCAUCCCUGGGAAGCUUCCAGGUCCUGCUGCAGGUCUUUGCUGCGUCCAUCCAGCAGCUGGAGCACCCAGGAUCCUGGAAUUCCAGACGGCCAUGCCUGGAAGCUGUGCUAGGUGGUGUCCAGGAGGAAACAGAGCCGGCGGAAUGGGAUGAGAAACGACCCAGCUGUGCUCGAGAUUCGGGGUGGAUUCCCAGUGGUCGUGAGUGCCCAUGGCGAUUCAAUGCAGUCAUGCUCUUCACCACUUCCGUGGAAGAGCUGCAAAGCGAGUCGGGCUUGAGCUUCCGCCUGCGAGUUCAAAACGACAUUUCGCUGGGUAUCGUCAAGGUGCAACUUCCCACCGACAUCGUUGGGGAGGCCACGGCUGACCUGCUGCGGCACGUGCUCCCAGUUUGCAGCCCAGUGCAAGUGCAAGACUGGUUCCGCUGGGCCAGUGCUGUGCAGAUGGUGUCUUUGAAAGGGUCGGAUGGCACGGAGGUUGGUCAAGUGGCUGUGUCCUUCGCGGUGGAUGCUGAUCCCAGGGAGCUGAUGUCAUCUGCCAGCAGUGGUGCACGGCCACGUGCGCAGCGAAAGUCCAUCACUGCGCCGCGGAGCUGGUGGUUGGACUGGCAUUGCUGCACUUCCGCGAGCGGACGACGCAUUUGUUCAGAGGAAUGCGAUGAGGAGCAGAAGGAUCGAAAGGACGCAUCCAUGUCACUCCCCGCCACUUUGAUCCAACGUUUGGAUCCGCCCUCGCUGCCACCUCCAGAGCAAGCGCCUGAGGGGUGGAUUUCACGGAGGGGCCCAGGGGGCCGUGUGUUUUGGCACCACAAGGCACUGGGCCCAGCACCAUGGGAGCAACAGGUUCCGUCAAGUUUGACCAGCAACAGAGCCUUCUUCAGGUCCAUCAUGGGGAAGGUGGCAGAUUUGUCAGAUGAGAAUCCUUUGAGUUCAGAGAUCUUCUGAGCUGACAAGGAAUGAGAUGGAAUGGUUUGCCUUGAGCCCGAAGUGAGGAAAGGAUUUCUUGGGGCCUCACGGGCCAGAGUUCCACUUGCACCUGCAGUGGAUGUUAAUGUCAAUUGGAUGACACCUUUUACACAUCCACCACUUAGAUAUUGAAUUCGUCUUGUGCAUGAAAUUUUGCCAAGGCAUGAUGUAGGUUACAAACAACCUACAGCCAGACGUGCCAAGAUGCCAAUGGAGCUACUGAAAAAUG